AGAGAGAGAGAGAGAGAGAGAAGUUAGCCAAAUGGAUGGUUUAAGCAAACCAAUCAUUGAACAUUGGAAGAAGCUCUGGGAAAUAUGGGAUGUCCGGGUAGUCAUCCUUGUUAGCCUCUUCUUGCAAAUCUUACUAAUCUUCUCUGCGCCUUUGAGAAAGCGAAUGUCAAGUGCUUUUGUAACCAUGCCCUUGUGGUUGGCAGACUUGCUUGCAGACAUUACUGCUAACUUUGCAGUGGGACUCAUCUCCAAAAGCCAAUGGAGCGCCUCUGGCUCUGAGACUUCUCCAGAUCUUCUGGCAUUUUGGGCACCCUUUCUCUUGGUUCACCUUGGAGGUCCCGACACCAUAACCGCUUUUGCCCUCGAGGAUAAUGAACUGUGGCUCAGGCACUUUCUUGGCCUGGGAUUCCAGUGUUGGGCUGUUAUCUAUGCAUUCGUUCAAUCAUAUCCCUUUAAAGAGCUUUGGCGCCCCACCAUGCUCAUGUUUUUUGCAGGCCUCAUCAAGUACACUGAGCGCACUCGGUCUCUCUAUCUCGCUAGCACGCGUAGAUUCAGAAACUCUCUGCUCACAGCACCUGAUCCUGGGCCUAACUAUGCCAAGCUCAUGGAUGAAUACACUUCAAAGAUCAAAGCAAAACUUCCCACGAGGAUAGAAAUGCUUCCAGAGCCUAAUCGGGUAAUCAAAACUGAAAGUGCUGGAGACAGAGACGACUUGUCCGAUUUGGAGGUGGUGCGACGUGCUUGUGGAUUUUUUGUAACUUUCAAGGGGCUGAUUGCCGAUCUGAUCUUCAGCUUCCGUGAACGCAGCCUGAGCCGAGACUUCUUCCUCAAGAGAACGGCAAGAGACGCCUUCAGAGUCGUGGAGGUAGAACUUAAUUUCAUCUAUGAUAUCCUCUACACAAAGGUGGCGGUGGUGCAAAGUUUCUGGGGAUACUUUUUUCGGUUUGCUUCAUUUACGUUAACUUGUGCAGCCCUUUUGCUCUUCUGUUUUAUGAGAAACAAGGAAUUUCAUAAUUUUGAUAUUGGAGUUACCUACACCUUGCUAAUCGGUGCCAUUGCCCUUGAUGCAAUAGCUUUCGCGAUGGUCCUUUCCUCUGACUGGACUGCUGUGACCCUCACCGAGCCUGACUAUCCACGCUGUUUCUUUAGGUACCUUAUAUCGAUACUAAGGGUUAAAAGAAAUAGAUGGCCAGAAAAGCAAUGGAAGUUUAUGCAAAUGUUGCGCCGCAGGUGGUCUGAAUCGAUUUCUCAAUACAACCUGAUACAAUAUUGUCUAAACCCACGUAUGAAAUGGUGGGAAAAAUUUAUAGGCUGGUUUGGCCUUACCAACAUGCUGGAUGGGCUGAAAUAUGUGGAAACUGUCAGCUUCACCAAUGAAUUAAGAGACCAUAUCUUUGAGGAGUUGAAGACGAAAUCUGAGAUGGCGGAUGAUUUAGAAACUGCCAAGGAGAUAUAUUCAGCCAGAGGUGAUUGGGUUCUUCGGUUUGAAAGUUGCAAUGACUUGCUCCCUUGGAUCAAUGAGGUUGAUUUUGAUGAGAGCCUUGUGUUGUGGCACAUUGCCACUGAACUUUGCUUGAAUGCUGAGGACUCAGGCAAUGCUGCUAAUGCUGAGGGUGUCAAUGUUAAGAAGUCGGGCAAUGCUGCUGAAAACAAUGCUGAGAACUCAGGCAAUGCUGCUAAUGUUGAGGGUGUCAAUGCUAAGAACUCAGAAAAUGCUGCUCAAAACAAUGCUAAGGACUCAGGCAUUGCGUCCAAUGCUAAGGGUAUCAAUGCAAAGAAGCCAGAAAGUGCUGCUAAAAAGAAGGAUUACCGUGAAUUGUCUAAGCUCCUGUCUAAUUACAUGUUAUACCUUCUAAUCAUGCAGGCGACAAUGAUGUCCACUGUGGCAGGUAUUGGGCAAAUAAGAUUCCGAGACACCUGUGCUGAGGCCAAGAAAUUCUUUCGUGGAAGAAAAAUAAAGAAGGACAAGAAGAAAUUCUGUCUCUACAAGUGCUUCUGUGGCAGUGAAUCAGAACACAAGCAGCAAAAUCAAACUAGCCCAAAGGCCCCCACUGCCCAAGAGCAACAAGGAGAGGAAACGACAUGCUCAUGCUUGAAUAUCUUUUGCUGCUUUAAGAUAUGCUGUUGCAAAGGGGAUUCAGUACCAGAUAAAGUACAGAAACAUGCCUGCAAUAGUAUCCUUGGUGUUAAUACAGCAGUAAAACCAGUUGCUGUUAAAGGAGAUAGAAGCAAAUCUGUGUUGUUUGAUGCAUCCAUGUUGGCCCAAGAGCUGAAUAAAUUAGGAGAGGAAAAAAAAUGGGAGAUAAUGAGCAAAGUUUGGGUCGAAUUGCUGUCCUAUGCAGCGUGUCAUUGCAGAGCCAUUACCCAUGCCUCACAACUCAGCAAAGGUGGGCAGCUCAUCACUUUUGUUUGGCUGUUGAUGGCUCAUUUUGGGUUAGGGAGUCAAUUUCAAAUAAGUGAAGGGCAUGCAAGGGCAAAGCUGAUUGUGGGGAAGUAACUGAAUUUGAUUUCUUGUAUGUCAAUCGAAGAUUGUGUGCUUGUUUGUUGUAGUCCUCUUUGGAAAAUAUGGUUUUCAGUGAUGUAAGGAACAUAUUUUGCAGUUUGAAUGUGUAAUUUAUUUUGGCCUCUUA